CCUCCCGGAAGUGGGUGGUGGCGUACUUCGUCACCACUGGUCACACCACCGUGGAUGAGCCUGCUGGGAUGAAGCUGGCCGCCGGAGAAUCACAAGGAGACCGGUUCCGAGUCUGACCGCCUUGAAAGUCUCGGUGAAAGCGCAGCGAGCAUCAGGACCGUGUGGUUCAGGAGGAGAGAGGAAAUAACGCCUGCUGCCAAAAUGAUGGAAGAAAUCGACAGAUUCCAGGUGCCCAGUGCGGUGCAGGAGGCGGAGAUGCAGUCAGAGAUGCAGCCGCUGGAUCCUGCUUCAUCUACUGCUUCAGAGGCUGACUCAGACACCAGAGAGGGCGAACCGGUUACUAUCAACUACAAGCCCUCACCCCUGCAGAUGAAAAUAGAGAAACAAAGAGAGCUGGCCAGGAAGGGUUCAAUAAAGAACGGCUCCACUGUAGGUAGUCCAGUCAACCAGCAGCCCAAGAAGAACAACGUCAUGGCCAGAACACGGUUGGUAGUGCCCAAUAAAGGCUAUUCGUCUUUAGACCAGAGUCCAGACGAAAAGCCCUUGGUGGCCCUAGACACAGACAGCGAUGAUGAUUUCGACAUGUCCAGAUACUCAUCAUCAGGAUACUCUUCUGCUGAGCAAAUCAAUCAGGAUCUGAACAUUCAGCUGCUGAAAGACGGUUACCGCCUAGACGAGAUCCCGGACGACGAGGACCUGGAUCUGAUCCCGCCCAAAUCCGUCAACCCCACCUGCAUGUGCUGCCAGGCAACCUCAUCCACAACCUGCCAAAUCCAGUAACCCCCACCCACCCUGACCCCCACCCCUUUCCAUGUAACACAACCCCACCCCCCUCCAUCCGCUGUGAGUUUACCUCGGCAUCAGUGAGGCAUUCGUAGGAUAUUGUCAUAAAAGUUAAGCGCUAUGAUGACAACAUCAAAUAAUCCAUUUAACAAACAGAAUUAAAAUCUAGAAAGGACACAAGAAUAAUCAGUAUGUGAUAAUAACGUUAGUAAAGUGGUGGAUUCCUCCUAUGGUAGGACCUGCUUUCCGUUUCAGCUUCUUUCAAGGUGGUGAUGUA